AUUGACAUUUGUGACGAGUCCGUGGUAAGUAAAGUAUGUAUUAAACCAAUAAUUUUACACCACAAUAAAUAAUGUUUGGCUGGAAACUCAUCAACCAUCCUUGUUUAUAAUGUCUCCACAUUUCUCGCACAAUCAUUUGAGCCAAACUAACAUAAACAUUUCCCAAAUCGAAACAAAGAGAGAAAGAGAAGAGAGCGCGUUGUACAAAGAGAGUCGGAGGGAGGAAGUCUAACAGAGAGAAAGAAAAAUACACACAUUUACUGCUAUCUUUACACACAUUUUAACACUUUCCGACAAUCUAUCAUAAGAUAUUUUAUCAAACACCUUUCCGAGGUAAUCUAUUUUACGCGUUUUUGUCAAACACUUCUCCACCAAUCUAUCAUAUACACAUUUUAUCAAAGUAUAUAUAUCUUUCCUGCAACAUUUUCUCAAACACCUUUCCCGAGGUAAUCUUUUAUUCGCAUUUUAUCAAACACAUUCUAUUAUACACAUUUUAUCUUUAUAUCUCUAUCGCAAGACAUUUUAUCAAACACCUUUCCGGAGUAAUCUAUCCUACGCAUUUUAUCAAACACUUUUCCGUGCAAUCUAUCACAAGGCAUUUUUACGGCAAUCAAACACCUUUCUGGAGUAAUCUUUCAUACGCAUUUUAUCAAACACUUUUCCGUGCAAUCUAUCACAAGGCAUUUUUACGGCAAUCUAUCAGAAGACAUUUUAUCAAACACCUUUCCGGAGUAAUCUAUCAUAUGCAUUUUAUCAAAUACUUUUCCGGUCAAUCUAUUAUACGCAUUUUAUUCCGACAAUCUAUCAUAUUAUCGAACACCUUUCCGGGGUAAUCUAUUAUACGCAUUUUAUCAAACACUUUCCGGGCAUUCUAUCAUGUACAUUUUAUCAAACAUCUUCUGUGCAAUCCGUCGCACACAUUUUAUCAAACAACUUUAGCACAAUUUCACUUCGACAUUUUAUCAAACAACUUGCGUGCAAUCAUUAUUUCUAAGUUCAUACAUACAUACAUACCUGGUAAAUAUGAAGUUCUUCGUUGAACUUGUAUCGUGUUGUGGCUGUUCAUUAAAACGAUCACAUCGAACUGAAGAAGAAGAAGAAGAGGAGAUCCUUGUACCUACAGCUUCUGUAGCAUCGUCUGAUAUUAACACCAUUAUUACGUAUAAACGAAGGCGACGGAGAAGACGAGGAUCGGCGAGAUCAGUUGGUUCAUUCCCUCAAUGGAAACCGUCUCUUUACUCUAUAUCGGAAGAUGCAGAUCACGUUCUACCGCCGAGAAUGGUGGCAGCUGAUUCCGGCACGAAUUUGAAGAGGAAGACCGCGACAAUUGCUUCGCGGCCUGUCAAUCAACUCCCUCAUAACCGCAAUCGUAAAUCCAGGUUCUCAAGGAUAGCUUGCCUUGCUGCAAUGAUUCCAGCCCCUUUCUUGAUUUGAUAUUUGGACUAAUUAAUCCACCUUUGGCUCUCUUUGUUAUUGUGAAAUUUCAUUUAAUUAAAAACACUUGUAUUAUAAUUAUGGUGUAAUGUUUUUUUCCCAUUAAUAGAAAUCACACUCUCUAUUUAUAUA